UCUUUCCUUCUGCUUCUUCACAUCUGACCCGUGGUGAUUGCAAUCAUUAAGCAUCACAGAAAGAUCAUGUCAAACAAUCAUAAUGCUGCUAUUCGUGUGCAAGAAUUGCCGCCUAGGAGCGAGUUACGAUUUGAGUUAGAGCCAAAAGAACGUUUAUCAGUUCGACUAAUUCCCGGCUCAGGUGAUUGUAAUGUUUUUGGUGCUGAUCUCAUUCCGGGUACAACGGCCGAUCGAUGGUAUACAUUUGGCGAUGAAACAAAAGCAUGCUUGGCUACAUUGAAUGGAUGUCAACUCGAACUAAUAGGAACGGUCACAACGGAAUAUUUGGCAGAAGAUGAAAGUAUUGCUCCUUUGAUGAGAAUGUAUGCAAACGUGCAUUUAUACUUGGAAGCAAAGAGGAUAGACGCACGCAAUUGGCUAAAGGAGGAUAUCAAACGUCCAGGAUCGAGUAGCAUAUUCAACACAUUGGCACAAUCGUCGCUAGUCUUGAGCAAUGAAGGAGUUCCAAUCGACUUUGAUACGGAUGUCAAUGCUGAGGAUCCAAUCUACAGACCACAAGGUCAAGGACCACGAGUGAUGGUCGUGGGACCCGAGUCGUCUGGAAAGUCAACUUUGAUCAAAUAUCUCGCAAAUUAUGCUUUAAAAAGCCCUGCAAUCUGCAAUCCUGCUCAAGCAAAGACCGAUAAAGGCGACGAGAGCAGUCAAGAAGCUACAUCUGAUGCUAACGGAUGGUGGCCAAGUAUUGUUUCAUUAGAUCCAUCAACCGGAUCAGCUCCAUUACCAUGCACACUGUCGAUCUUGCCCCUCUCUCCCAUACCUCAAGCUGCCCUUCCAUCGCCAUCUCCGGCGUUCCCGUAUGGGUUGACGACUUCCACAACUGGUGCUUUACCGCCCGUUGCCUCUGCCGCUCAUACGUCCAAUACGCAUUCUCUAUGGCUAGGACGUGAGAAUGCUCGCGACAACGAGCGACAUACAAAGCGUGCUGUUGAUUGGCUAGCUCUGGCAUUGGAAAAGCGAUUAGCACGGGAUCCCAGAGCACGCUGCAGUGGAGUGUUGAUUGACACACCUGGCAUUAUCACCGCUGAUGCCAAGAAUCGAUACCCCUUACUUCAACAUUAUGUCAAAGCAUUGAAAGUGGAUACAAUCAUCGUUCUUGGACAUGAAAAGCUCAAUGUUGAAAUGACGAAAUUGUUCGGUGCUCAAGGAUCAGGAAUCAGUGUUGUGAAGUUGCCCAAAUCAGAUGGAGUUGUUGAGUUCGAUUCUUCUUUCAAACAGAAACUUCGAUCUCUACAGAUACGCAAUUACUUUUACGGAGGAAGCUCCUACAAGAAAAAAGAAGAAAAUUCUGGAGCCCAAGAUGAAAAUGGUGAAAACUUAAACGAAGAUGGAAUGGAGAAAACAUCAAAAGACUCUAUCAAUAAUAUUGCACCAAGUCAUGUUGAACCUCUUGGUGGAUUACCCCUCCUAAGUCCAUAUUCAACAACGCUUCCGUUUGACGUCUUAGAGGUAUACAGUGUUGGACAGGAGAGUAAAGCGCCUAGUAGUGCAUUACCAAUUGGUGCUCAAAGUGUAUCUUCAGCCACACAACUGGUCAAAUUAGAUCAUGCAAAUUCAGCAAUCGAUCAAUCAAAUUUGCUGCAUUCGAUCUUAGCGAUCAUUCAACCUCCACGCGGAGGUGGUGGACCGGGUGUAGCAGAUAGCAAAGUUGAUCCUCCACCAACUGAUGAUGAACUUUUGGGAGCUCCCGUUCUAGGAUUUGUACAUGUUGCUGAAGUGGACGCUACCCGGAAAAAGAUCACCGUCUUAAGUCCAAGUCCAGGUAGAUUGCCGAGUAAGACUGCUUUGAUCGGCACACUAGAUUGGCAAGAUCUGUAAAACAUAUGAAUUGUACUAUCACCCUAUCAUCAAUGCAAAUUUGUAUAUUUAUCUUUGUGAUGAAUGCCAUUCAUCAAACAUGGU